GCAGCACACACACGGCACGCAGCAGACAGACAGUCAGUCACACUAUACCCACUCCGUCUUCACUUCGUCUUCACUCCGUACAGUUGAAAGAGGAGUGGAUUCUGGAGCGUGAAAAUGUCUGCAGUGAUGUGGGGAGUUGUCUGAAUUUUGAUCCGUCUGUCUUAGGAGAGAAUGGUGGAGGAAGCUGUCUCGUUAUACACCUCUCAGCAAGAUCUCUGGUGUACAACGCCAUCUACCAUUUUUUUUUCUCUCUCUCUCUCUCUGUGAUUGGAUAGACAGGCUGAUGGUGAAACUCAACAUGCCAGUGAUGUCAACGACGGACUGCAGACUGUAACCAUGGGCAACGUGGAGAGCCAGAACGGCGACCAUGCCUUCUACGGCACCCAACAUGGCUACCUGUCCCGCAAACACAUGUCUCGUUCCCUCCGCAUCUCCAAGCAUCAGUCCAGCUCCGGUUCCACCCGCUGCACCCACGACCGCAACGCCACUCAGGGCAAAGUAGAACACCGUAACUCUGAGACCUCCACGCGUUCCAGCAGCACCCCUAGUAUCCCACAGUCCUUAGCGGAUCACGCACUGGAGCCCUUCAACCAGACCAAUGUCCUGUCAGACUUCUCCCCUAUUUGGGUGGACCGUAUGGCCAUGAACCUCCGGCCCGUCUCCUUCCAUACCCACCUGGACAACCCAUCUGUAGGGCCCCAACUGGACAACCCAUCUGUAGGGCCCCAGUUAGACCCAGCAACACCAGAGACUAGACCCCAGUGCCCCCAGGACAGAGGUCUAGGCCUGUACAAUAACACUGGGGAGGGGACCUACCUCCAGAAGACCAGAGACGGACCCCGGGAACCCCGGGAACCCCGGGAGGGAGUCAGCUUUAAGAAGAAGAGGUCCAAAUCAGCCGACAUGUGGAGAGAACACAGUCUGGAGUUCAGUCUGUCAGACCUCAGCCAGGAACACCUCACCAGCACAGAGGAGAUCAUCGACACCGAGGAGGCAGACGACAGGGACUUCCCUGAUUGUGAAGGCCUGCUGGGGCUCGUGUCCCCAGAGGGUCUGGAGGGUGUGGACGCUGCUGGCAGGGCCAACUCCCUGGAUCAGCUGUAUGGCGGUCAGAAGACCCCAACUCGCCGGCCCGUGGCACGCUAUGCUAAGUGGCACCAUGACGCUAACCGCGAAGCCCGGGAGGGAGAGGACGAUAAGAUGCUGUCUCCGUCGGAGGAGGAUGGGAACUCGUACGGAGCGUACACUCUGCCCUGUCGACGCUCACACUGCCUGUCUGAGGGCCUGACCAAUCACCAGGCUGCCUCCUGUAACACCAUGCAGGGCCGCAGAGCACAGACCAUACAGGAUGUGACAGCCGGAGAGGGCAGUGAGUACGAGGACAGUGGCAUAGACGGGGUGACGGCUUCGGGGGCAGAGCAUCAGUCCCGGCGCUAUAAGACCAUGUCUAUGUCCUUCUCUGUGUGCUCGGCGGCGGGGCGGAGCCUGUUUGCUGGCAGUGACAGCGGAAGCAGCAGCGGGGGAGGAGCCAGUGAGGGGGUCCAGGGGGUCUAUGAGAACUUCAGACAGGAGUUGGAGAUGAGCUCGUGUCAGACAGAGAGUCUGGAGGAGGCGGGGUCAGCACUGAGUGACGAACAGAGCGUCAUGAGCUCAGCCUACCAAUCAGAUCCCCUGCUCAGCGUUGCCCAGGGAACCGUGAGGAAGGCGGGCCGUCUGGCUGUCAAGAACUUCCUGGUUCACAAGAAGAACAAGAAGGUGGAGUCGGCCACCAGGAGGAAGUGGAAGAGCUACUGGGUCUGCCUCAAAGGAUGCACUCUGUUCUUCUACGAGACAGACGGACGGUCGGGGAUCGACCACAACAGUGCUCCUAAACAUGCGGUGUGGGUUGAGAACAGUAUCGUCCAGGCCGUCCCUGAACACCCCAAGAAGGACUUUGUCUUCUGCCUCAGCAACUCUCUAGGAGAUGCUUUUCUCUUCCAGUCCUGCAGCCAGACGGAGCUGGAGAACUGGAUCACGGCCAUCCACUCGGCGUGCGCGGCGGCCGUUGCCAGGCAGCAUCACCGGGAGGACACGGUGCGUCUGUUGAGGGCGGAGAUUAAGAAGCUGGAGCAGAAGAUCGACAUGGACGAGAAGAUGAAGAAGAUGGGAGACAUGCAGCUCAGUGCCGUGACCGAUACCAAGAAGAGGAAGACCAUACUGGACCAGAUCUUUCUGUGGGAGCAGAACUUGGAACAGUUCCACAUGGGUCUGUUCCGGUUCCGGUGUUACCUGGCCAGUCUGCAGGGAGGGGAGCUGCCCAACCCCAAACGCCUGCUAGCCGUAGCCUCCAGACCCACCAAACUGGCCAUGGGACGCCUCGGAAUCUUCUCUGUGUCGUCCUUUCAUGCGCUGGUGGCAGCUCGUACAGAGAGCGGGGUGAGGAGACGUACCCAGGCCAUGUCUCGUUCCUCCUCGUCCAAACGUAAGAGCAGGUUCUCCUCUCUGUGGGGGCUGGACACUACUUCCAAGAAGAAGACUCACCCCACCAUCAACCAGGUGUUUGCUGAUGGGGAGGAGCCAGUGAAAAAGCCUCUGGACGGGAUCUAUGAUGUGGACACUGCCGGGGAGAGAGGGAAGAGUCAUGAGGGGACAGUGAAGAGCCUUCCUCAGGUCAACUCAGACAGUCACAUGACAGACAGUGAUAUCUGGGUGCCUGACCACCUGACACCGUCCUGGGUGUGUCUUCCUAACGACCAGCCUGUCCUCGCCAUCAUCCAGCCUGGAGAGUCUGCUCUGGACGUUCUAGAGACAAUCUGCAAGGCCCACCGGCUGGAUCCUGCCAAACAUUACCUCCGCCUCAAGUUCCUCGUCGAAAACCAAGUUCAGUUCUACAUCCCUAAACCGGAGGAGGACGUGUGUGACUUGCUUUAUAAAGAGAUAGAGCUGGGCUCCAAAAUAACCAAAGUCAUCCAGUUCGACAGGGAUGAGUCCUGUAUGAUUGGUUACGGGUUUUCCAUCUCAGUGGUGGAGGAGGAUUCAGUGCAGCAGCUCUACAUUACCGAUGUGAAGGCGGGAGGAUUAGCCUUCGCUAAAGGUCUGAAUGCGGGGGAUGAGAUCUUGCAGCUGAAUGGGAAAGACUCGUGCAGAUUGAAGUUCGGGGACAUGAAGGGGGCGUUUUCCCAGGCCUCUCUGUCCCUGACCGUCAACACUCUGCCCUCCACGGACCGACGACAAAUCUGUUACCUGCCCCCCCGACGCUCUGACGCACAGGAAGUCCUCCACACAGACAUCUUCUCUAUGAACCAGGAGGAGAUUCUGGAUGACGGGGUUGGUCUGACGCUGGAGAGUUCUGGAGACAGCCUGGACGACGACUCCGAGAGCUUCAGCGAGGCAGACCAAUGCAGAAAGAGUACGGAGCAGGUUGCAGCAUUCUGCCGCAGUCUCCAUGACAUGAAUCCGUCUGAGUGUGCCACAAGUUCCUCCUCCCCCAGUCUGGAGUCGCCCGUGCCUCCGCCCGCCACCGGCACCGCCACCGGCACCCGUCAGCUCUCCGACGCCGACAAGCUACGCAAAGUCAUCUGUGAGCUGGUGGAGACCGAACGCACCUAUGUUAAAGAUCUUCAUUGUCUCAUCGGGAGGUAUUUAACCCCACUACAGAAGGAGACCUGCCUCACUCAGGAUGAGCUGGACAUUCUGAUUGGGAACCUGCCUGAGAUGGUGGAGUUCCAGGUGGAAUUCCUGAAGACUCUAGAAGACGGGACCAGAUUGGUCCCAGACCUGGAGAAGCUGGAGAGAGUAGACCAGUUCAAGAAAAUCCUCUUCUCUCUAGGAGGUUCUUUCCUGUACUAUGCAGAUCGGUUUAAGAUCUACAGUGCGUUCUGCGCCAGCCACACCAAAGUCCCCAAGGUGCUCGUGAAAGCUAAGACCGAUGCAGACUUCAAGGCGUUUCUGGAAGAGAGGAACCCGAAACAGCAACACUCCUCAACCCUGGAGUCCUACCUGAUCAAACCCAUCCAGAGAGUUCUGAAGUACCCACUACUACUGAGAGAGCUGUACUCACUGACGGACCCUGACAGUGAAGAACACUAUCACCUGAAUGUCGCUAUGAAGGCCAUGAACAAGGUGGCCAGUCACAUCAAUGAGAUGCAGAAGAUCCACGAGGAGUUUGGGUUGGUGUUUGACCAGCUCAUAGCGGAGCAGAGUGGAGACAAGAAAGAGGUUGCUGAUCUGUCGAUGGGUGACUUGCUGCUCCACACCAGCGUAGCCUGGAUCAACCCUCCCUCCUCCCUGGGCAAAUGGAAGAAAGAACCCCAACUGGCUGCAUUCAUCUUCAAAACAGCCGUGGUGUUUGUGUGCAAGGAUGGCUCCAAGCAGAAGAAGAAAAUGGGUGGCUCCCAUCGAGCGUCGUCUGUCUCGUCUGAAGACAAGGACCCAUUCCGCUUCCGUCACAUGAUCUCCACAGACACGCUCCAAGUCCGAGCCCUCAAUAACCAAGAAGGGGAGGCCUCUGCCGUAUGUGAGAUCGUCCACGUCAAGUCCGAGUCAGAAGGACGGCCGGAGAGGAUAUUCCACCUGUGCUGCAGUUCUGUGGACAGUAAGAAGGACUUCUUGAAGACAGUCCACUCCAUCCUGAGAGAUAAACAACGACGUCAGCUGAUGAAGACAGAGUCUCUACCCCCCAACCAGCAGUAUGUCCCCUUCGGAGGCAAACGCCUCUGUGCCCUGAAGGGAGCCAGACCUGCCAUGAACAGAGCAGUGUCAGACCCGGCGAGGACCCUGGGUCGGAGGAAACUGGUGAGGAACCGUUUCACCAUCGACACAGACAUCGUCUUCGACGGCGAGCCGGACCAGGAGUCCCCUCUGUCUCCACUGUCCCCUGAAGAGCCUGAGGGACAGGGACAAAAGGAAGGACAGGGCCGGGGGGAGGUGCAGGCAGGGGAUACGGACCGCUGGGUGGAGGAGCAGUUUGACCUGGAGCGCUAUGAGGAGGAGCAGCAGGAGGCGCAGGUGAAAGGAGGAGGAGACGUUAAAGAGACAGACAUCCUUAGUGACGAUGACGAUUUCUGCCAGUCUGUUGGAGGACCCUCCACUGAACCUCUAUCCACCACAGACCUAGAAGGGCCCGUAGGGGCCCUGUCCAUGGGAGAAGAAUGCAAAGAGGUGGGCCCUAAACACCUCCAGCCCCAGGGAGGCACGGGGACCACUACCCCAGGGAUGAGGCUCUCCCACCCGGGGAAGCAGUGUGCUCUGGUUGGGUGUACAGAUAGACUGGUGAACUUCGAACUGAAGCCCUCCAAUGGGAGCAAUACUGGAAUACAAGGAGAGGAGAGCGGUCUUAUCCAAUCAACCAAUGAUAUAGAGACAUGGAGGGCUCUUCCAAUCCUGGUGACGUAGAGGCCAGGCUGUAAGAGAUUGACACUGACUGUCUAAUGGUACAAUCAUGGACCCUGAUCAAUGCUGUCGAUUGGCAUGGUUUGCACAUAGGGGUAGAUUCCUGGGGUUACUAUAGGUUCCUGCUUAUUGUUGCCACGUGGGUAUUUGUUGUGAACACACGACGCCUUGUCUGAGAGACAGAGAGACUUUGUCUCAUAGUAAAGAGUUGUAUAUUAUCAACAUAAUACUCGGUGGUAGAGGACAGCAUCGUCACGUCUUUAAAGUCGCCUGUUUUCACAGUAUUUUAUCUACUCAGUUUCUCAAUUGACUUCCGUUGUUGUGUAUAUCAUUUUGACUUCCUGUUUUGCAACUCGAAACCAGGCUCUCCUAUUUUUUUUAUUGUGUGUGUGUGUUAUUAAAACAUGAUUUUUUUCGUUCUGUGAUGACAUAGAAUAACAGAUGUUCGUUUUAUUGACCUCAUCUUCACUCUUCACUGAAGUUAAGGGAUUUCAAUUAUCUUUUUUUAAUUUUUUUUUUAUUUUAUAAAAUCCUGUUUUACUUGAAUUGUCAUUAUUUUUUUAUUAUUGUUUUUCUUCUUUUUCUUCAUUUUUAAAUAUUUUUUUUUUUUAACUUUCCGGUCAUUUUAUUGGUCUUCAUGACAUCCGUUCUGAUUACUACACCCUGUCACCUUUUAUUAUUACCGACACUGUUAGUGCACGUUCUUUGUUGUGGACAACUUGCACAUACAUUCAUUACAUUCAAGUAUUUUAACUGUUAAGAAUUUAUUUUUAUUUUUUAAAAUCUUGUUGUUUCACACCAGCCAAUAAUGCAUUUUCAAAACCAUGUUGUUGUUUUUUUUAAUUGGUGUUGAUGAUAUUUUUUUGCCACCACAACAAAACAACAACAAAAAAAAUGACCUUCUCAAAUACAUAUAAAACUUGCUGGAUGCAAUCAAGAUGGUGAAGAUGUCUAAACUAGUGUAAAAUGUUGAAAAGAAAUCCUAUAAUAUUACUAAUAAUUACUUGUGAAACAACCCAGUGUGCUACUAAGACUACAUUUGUAUUACUCUGUAUGUAAAUAGUACAAUGUGUUGAUAUCAUAUCAAAUAAAUUGGUUUCCUACUUAUCAUUUACAGCACUGCA